GCAGCGUGCAGUAGCAGUGGCCAUCAAUGGCGGCGGCUCCAUGUAUUCUGAGUUCUCAGAAAACAUCGUCGCAAUCGCCGGUUUACCGGAGAAAAUUACACAGUCGUCAUCUGAUCAAUCACCAUUGGAUUCUUUUGUUAGAAAGUGCAAAACCUACUUUUGAAAAAUGAGUAUUUUUAAUCACACAGACAGUAAUUACCUGCGGAAAAAUCAUAAAAUAAAUCCAAGUCCGGCUCUUAUGCAAAGUAUAGAUAGUUCCUUAGCUUACAAUCAUAAUUCACGCUUGUCAAACUUGCCUGUAAAUAAUUCUUCUGACAUGAGUGAAAAUCCAUCGCUGCAUGGUGUAUCUUCUUGUGAAAUAGAUCCAAAGAUCAAAAGAUACUUGUGUUCAGUGGAUAGCUUUUUACUUAUUGAUGGAAAUGAGUACCUCAAGGUAACUAACGUUGACCAGUUUAUUCAGAGGCUGGGCUGUGUAAAUAAGGAACUUAAAGUUAAGGUGGUUUCGAUAUUUGGUAAUACAGGCGAUGGUAAAAGUCACACGCUCAACCACACUUUCUUUCAUGGUGAUGAAAUAUUCCGCACUUCAAACGAACAGCAUUCAUGUACUUUGGGAGUAUGGACAGCCUUUGAUCCAAUUCAAAAAGUGAUCUGUCUUGAUACCGAAGGUCUUCUUGGUGUUACCAAUCACGAGAAUGUCAGAACUCGUCUGCUUCUGAAAGUUCUUGCAAUCUCGGACAUCGUCAUUUACAGAACUCGCGCGGAAAGAUUACACAGGGAUAUGUAUACAUUCCUUGGGGCUGCUUCUAGGGCAUAUAGUCAUUACUUUCAAUCUGCACUGCAAGCGGUAAGUCAGAAAGAGGGAUUACAAUCAGUCAAUGCACUCGGCCCUAGUGUUAUUAUCUUCCACGAGACUCGUAAUACAAGGACCUACCUCAACACUGCUAGUGAGAGUGCAGAAGACAUUCUACGUGACAGAUUUGCACAAAUGGAACUUGAAAUUGAAGCUUUCAGCUCCAUCAAGUAUGUAGGCGUUGAAACAGUUGAGCUACCAACAAACUAUGAUCCAUUGAAAAUAGCUAUUAAAAACGAGCUACACAAUACAACAGUACGUUCUGCUAGAAAGCCUCAUCUAGUUUACAGUACACUUAAGAUGCUCAACGACAAAUUCUCUGGGGAGAUCGAGAAUGUUACGAAUAUUUUAUUUCCCGAUCAGUACUUCACUUGCCCGGUUAAAUGUUUCAGUUGUAGUAGUCGUUGUGAAAACAGUAUGGGGCAUAUACGUGAAGGAAAGCCUCACAGGAGUGAUCAGAGAUGCCGACAUCAGCAUCAAUACGAGAAUUUAGUAUACAUUUGCAAAAAGUGUCACAGCAACGGUAAUGAAGAAAUAGUGACGAGUCGCAUCCAAACUCAAAAUGACAACAGUUGGUAUGGGCUUGCAAAAUACGCUUGGUCAGGCUACGUGAUUGAGUGUCCUCGAUGUGGCGAAAUUUAUCGUAGCCGGCAACACUGGUUCGGUAACAAGAAUCCUGAAGAUUCAGCUGUCAGAACGGAGAUUACUCACGUUUGGAAUUUGCCAAAUACAUCAUUGACCACUCAAAAUACAGCUCAACGCAUGGUGGAUGGUGUAUCAUACUUAACCGAAGCUAUGACAAACCUAUCCCUACAACCAACAAAAGCAUUAACUGCUUGGAUGGCAGACCAGGUAGCCCCAGCUUAUUGGCGUCCAAACAGCGAGAUUCGUCACUGUCACAAAUGCAACUUACCCUUCGCUCCAACAGACACGAAGCAUCAUUGCCGCGCUUGUGGUGAAGGUUUCUGCGAAACUUGCUCCAGCAAGAUCAAAUGUGUACCUGAAAGAAAUUGGUUUAGGCCUGUGCGUGUUUGCGACGACUGUUAUAACAAGGAUCCUAAUUCUAAUGAGCUUGGUGAUGAUGUUAGCGUGAGAAAGGUGUCUGAGCAUGUUGUGUCUACUUUGAGUGCAGUUGGAUCAGUUUUAACCUACUCCAAAUCUUUGGUGAAGGAACAAGCACGUCCCUCAUACUGGGUGCCCGAUUCCGAAGUAAUCAAUUGCUGCGUGUGCGACAAACAUUUCGGUGGCAUUGUUACUUUACACCAUUGUCGUGACUGUGGACGUGGAGUUUGUCAGGAUUGUUCACCACACCGAAAGCCAGUACCUAGACGAGGAUGGGACCAUCCUGUACGUGUUUGCGAUGCUUGCACGAAGAUCGAUUGAGUGAACUCGGUUUGCUUGUGAUAUUAAACAAUUCAAAAGAUAUUUUAAUCCUUUAAUCUUUUGAAUUAUUAAAAUAAACAAGUAUUUUAGAAUAUUUUGAGUAGAUUUAUGGAGAAAGAAAAUGAAAAAAAGAGAUUGAUUUCAUGCUCGUAAUUUUAUGGAGUGAUUUUUAUGAUUUUGUUUUUUAAUUGUAAACGAUAGUAUAGUUAAUGUUUAGUAGAGUAGUAUAUGAAUUCUAUAAAAUAAUAAUUAAGAGUACAAUAUUGAGAGAUUUUAGUAAGAUAAUGAAACGAGAUGAGUUAUACAUUAAGAUUUAGAAAGAAAGAGAAAUAGCCAAUAUUUUCAUACGUGGAGAAGAUAAUAAAUUAAUUUUUUAUGUUUAGUCAGUAAAAUAUAGAUAAAUAUAAAAUUUUCAUAAUUUCUACAGGAUUUUACGUUACACUAAUGUUCAUAGUGUAAAUAAGAUAAAAGAAGUUGUAUUACAUUACUGUAAAGGUGUACAAACCCAUUUUCUACACAAUGAAAUUAUUUUAUGAAAAUAUUUCUUAUUGAAUGAAAGAAAACUAAUAGUCUCGACGCAAAUUAACCAAGAAAAGACCAAAAUAUUUUUUCAUGCAAAUCUAUUUUGUAUCGAGUUUUAUUUAUAAAAAAUUAUGAUGAAAUUGAUGGACUGACAAUUUUUGGGCUUGUGAAAUAAAUUAAAAAUAAACGAGUAUCGCGAUGUAAAAGAAUAUAAUUACAUACGCGCGCGCACCCACACACAUACACACACAUCUACACUAGACAGUAUAAAAAAAGAUGUUUGAUGCCAUAGUUAUAUUAGUAUUAGUUUAAUUCUUUUUUAUAUACUACAGACCAAAGUAAUGUUUUUGUUCAUAUUUUAACAGAAUAUAUUAACUAGCAUUUCUUUGAGUUACUUUUCUCUGUUUUGCAUUUUGAUAUGCAACAAUAUAUUACUAGCAUGAGUAAAAUUACUGAAAGAAGUUCAUAGAUAAAUGAAAAAAAAAAAUUUAUAAAAAAAUAGAACAUUUUUUUUGUAUAUAUAAAUAAAAGAAAUAGUAGACCCGUUGUAUUGAAUACAUAACAUCGAUAUAAAUAGUUCAACAUGAAAAUUAGAUUGUAAGAAACAUGGUUGUUCAGAAAUGGUUAUUGAUAGUGCAAAUACAUGUCUGCGAAAAGGCUGUGAAAUAAAUAAAAUGUAUUUUCAUGGUAAACAUCGAUGCAUCACAAAAAAAAACAAGAUACCAUAACGGUAUCUUAUAUUGCUAUAACAUCCUUCCUAAUAUUUUUCGUGUAUGUAAUAGACCAUUAACUGUUACAUUCCACAAAUCCAUAGAUUUUGUUAGCCUAAAUUGGCAAAAUAAGUGUAGUGUUCAUGAAGCGAUAAAUUAUAAAAAAGUUAUCUCUUUGUAAAUUACCUGUUUUUCUUACGAUGAAGAAAUAAAGUCUUAAAUUCUACAA